GACUAAAUAAAUUUUUCGUAAUUCUUUUACGUAAAGCACUAAUUACGUUUAAGAAAGAUAUUUACGGAGAACGGAAUAAUUGAAAGGAACAAACUUUGACACGAUUUGACCGAAGCUAAGAAUACAAGAAAAAAAAUUUCAAAUCUUUAUGGACAGGACAUACACAUUAUACGUAUGUUUUAUGAAAUAAAAAAAUGGUUUUGUUUAAUACAUCUCAAAAUGAGACAAAUGCGAGUACAUUUCGUAUGUUUUACGCAACGUUGCAUCCAGCUCAUCCGUAUCGAGAUUUAUCGACAUCUUACGAGCACGCAUUCAUAUCGCUAUGUGUACUUAUUGCAGUUAUCGCUUUGAUUGGUAACAGUACAUUGUUUUACGUGAUAGUCAGCAAGAAGAAUUUACGGACACCGACGAAUUUAUUUUUAUUAAGUUUAGUUGUGGCUGAUACACUUACGGCAGUCUUGUUAAUACCCAUUUAUGUCGAGCGUUUUAUGAACCAUGGGUUGACGCAAAGCAAUCAGACAGUUUGUUUACUUCGAAAGUAUUUGUUUAUUUUGACUUCAUCGGCUUCGUUAAUAAGUUUGGCUGCCGUAAGUCUUGACCGUAUGUUUGCUAUAUCGUACCCAUUUUCGUAUGCACGUAAAGUUAACUGCAAAAAUACGUCAGUCGUUAUACUUGUUAUGUGGAUUUGGGUAAUAUCCUUUAAUUCAGUAACGUUUCACAAUUUUGACGAUUGGGAUAAUUUUCUCAUAACAUGCUCUUCUGGAAUGCCAAGAACUUUAUAUACCUUAGUAACGCCAAUAAACUUUUAUUUGCCUGGAGUUAUCAUUAUUGUUGCUUACAUAAAAAUAUUUCAUGUCGCACAUGCGCACAAUGUUCGCAUUAACACGCAGACACGACCAAGGUCGGACACUUCACAGACCAUCUCUACAGCUAGUCCUGCAAUAAUUCACCGAACGAGAACCAUAUCAGAAUUGACCACUGAAUCUUGCACGACUGCGUACACUCCUACUUCAUCACCUUACACUUCUAGAUCCAGAUCGACUACGAUUUUAAGUAAUAAAAUCCAUGAAGGUAGAGAAAAAUUAAGAAAAGUUACUCAAACAUUAUCACGUGAUAUAAAAACAGUGAAAACAGUGGGCAUUCUGAUUGGUUUAUUUCUAUUCUGUUGGUUACCAAUCGCGUGCUACUAUAUGUAUGUGAACAUAACUGGUAAAGAAUUGGAAACAACGCCACGGUACGGCUACAUGUAUGACAUCUUCACAUUGUUAAGUUUUCUUAAUUCGGCGAUCAAUCCGUAUUUGUACACGUUCAGAAACAAAGAGCUUAAACGACAAAUAUAUGCACUGAUAAAGAAAUUCUUUACCAUCAGCUAGUACUAACUUUUAGCUUUCAAAUCUCGUAAUUAAUCCUAUAUAUGAACUAAAGAUAGAAAGGACAUUCGUCAUCUGCUAUGAGAUUAUGGGUUUAAAUGACAUUAUUCGUGCGUAGAAAAUUCUAUAGGAUCAAAGGUACAUUUAAAAUGAUAGAUGACUCUCCUCUUCUUCUUUUACACCGUUCCGUCAUCAAAAGGGAAAAAGAAGGUCUGGGAAUAACAGAAAAAAGCACUGGGAAUGACAUAAAAAAGCCCUGAGAAAGAGGUUGGUUAAGGACCUUAUUUUUUCGCAAGCAUAACGGUCAACCACCAAGAUGACGUUCAGAGAAUAAUUUCAGUUUUGUUAAAACAAGAAAACGCUUAUAUUUAUCAAUAUAUUUAUUUAUAUGUAUAUCCUUUUGCAUGUAAAACUUAUUUUUAAAUUCUUUAACAGUUGAAAACAAAUAUACUUUAUUUUUACUUUGCUA